GUACUCAACGUUCGUUUACUGUGACGCGUUUGCAACCACCCCAACUUCGAAUGUUGUUUUGGCCGAAGUCUCCAGUCCAUCUGGAGAAUGGAAUCAUUUAACACAAAGAUGAGUUGUUUAAAAAUGUUACACUCUCCGAUCAAAUAGAUCUCAGUCCUGCUCAAGGCUCUUUCACCGCAACAUGGAGAUUUUAUAGAGCAUGACGAACGUUCACAUGUCAACUCUCUGUUAAAGCUCGUGUUUAUGUUCGUCGUAUUUGGUGGUCAUGUUUCUAUAGGUUCCACGGAACUUUGCGUCAUGCAUGAUCUCAAGCGUGGCAUCGUUGCGAACUUCUUUUAUAGCCAUCGCUCGCCACGCCAGGUCACUGAGAUCCUGCAAACGGUGAGGUAGAUAAUGUGAACAGUGUCCAUGAUCAAUCAGAUAUCUUCCUGUUCUGGAAACUAACUCAGCCACUUGUCAAUUCGCCCUUCGAUAGUAACAUUACCGCCAGAUUGGGAGCAAGAACGAAAUUCAGAACCUUCUGAAUAAAAGGUCGGACAUCCAAUUCUUCACGUAUUGGCCGGCUUUCUAUCGUAACGUUCAAUUUCAAGAGGUGUGGCGUUUUCCUUCGAAUAGAUACAACUGCUUUCCAAAUGGCGAAUGGAGAUAAGGUGGACAUAGACGAUACGUCUAUGAGAUUGGGAUGGAUAGAGUUCAAGUCGCAUAUGCGCCAUCUUGUGGUUCUGAGCUUGGGUUCCGAAGUCGCCUGCUAAUCUCCCGUUGAAUCAUAUGACCCUCACAUGAACAGCUUUUUAUGAAAUGCUACCCUUUGUUUGCAUUCGAACCAAUACUGCUGCUACUGUAUACUCAGGGAACGCUGACGAAGUGAUUUGGAGCACAGACAUCUGAGCAUCUGAGGGUGGGGUGUAUUUCAAAGGACUACCGGUGGGCAAAGGGUUCACAAUACGUCUAUCUAGAGCUUCGAGCCUCAACAUUCAUGGGUGGACAAACCAAUAUUCCUUGAUUUCGAGGUUGACACCAGUCUGGAGACUACCAACGAACAACUCAAGUCCUUCCAUAUUACGUCCAAGUCAUUAGUGCAAUUUUGCUAUUCGCUCAAUCUACAGUCUGGAUGGGGUAUGCAUUGCGGCCACGGUUCCAAGGCGCCUUCGGUUAUUAGCUUCCAUUCCUUCGGCAAACUAGUCUGACGGUGUGCCUCUAGAGUCACUCAUGGUCUCGCCUAUUACUAUUUGUCAAGAGCGAAUUGCUCACACGGAUUAUGAUGGUGACGCAAACCCUGACGAGAGAGGACAUAUUGUCCGUUGAGUACAAAAGCACCCGUGGAUGACAAAGGGACUAAGCUCUACUACGAAGAUAGUGGAAUACCGCUCGAUGAAUCUUUGUAUCGUACAAUAAUCGUUAUCCAUGGUGGUUACUUCAACGGAGGUAUGCACACCUAUGACAUUUGGUCUUACAAAGCCUGAUGCAUGGGUAUCUAUCCCAGGCAUUUUCAAACCGGCCUUUCCUUGCGCGAAAUUGAAGAACCUUCGAAUCAUCUCGUUGAACAAACGCGACUACUCCUCCUCGACACCUUACAGCGAGGAGGAGUUGGCGGAGCUCAACAGUCCUGAUGAAGCGAUAAGGAUUGGCUUCGUGAAGAAAAGAGUCGCGGAAGUUGGCGCCUUCAUUGUUUGGCUUAUUCAGAAUGAGAAUAUCCCCACCCCUGUGGGCGGUUCAGUGGAUGACUCCAAGGAGAAGGGUGGGCUUUCAAUUGCUGCUUGGUCUUCCGGCAGUUGUUUAGCUGUGCCAUUCCUUGCCUUCGCGCCCGAACUCAUUGGGAAAGAUUCGCUGGACUUGAUACAAAAGUAUCUCUGCUCUUAUGUCAUGUACGAUGCACCGAAUUUUCCCCACGGGCUCCCAGUCCCGGUCUUGGACGGACAAUAUUACUGUCCCAUUGGUGACCCAGCCCUCACUCACGCAGAGAUAAUCCAGCAAUUCCCAGACUGGUGUUCAGGCUUUUACACUCAUUCACCGUCGGCUCUCUCCGAACUCUCAGCGCCCCUCGAUGCACCCUCCAACUUCAGUAAUGUCACUGAGUUCCUAAGCGCCCUUACGCUAAACCAGGACGUUGAACCAGCUCCUACGAGUAUUCAAAUAUUGCAGGCCGCCUCAGACACAUGUGAACCGGUGCCAAACGUCGCUCGGGCACAUGUUCAAUUGCUCUUCGUCAGCUUCCCGUUCUACGCCGAAUGUUCUGCGAAGGUCUUCCUUAGCCCAAUGCCAAUUUGGCCGAAAGUGAGGAGAGAAGUGGUGGUGUGUGGUCGAAGUUUCGGAUUGACUCUAUAUGCCGCUUGGGAAUUGAAAAGGUUGGUGCAAUUCAGGAAGUCGUUGAUAGAAGGUAAAGGGAAGGAAGGAUGUACGGUGAGAUUUCAUGUUUGGAAGGAUUUCAACCAUACAGUACGUCUCCAUUCUUGUUCCUGACAUCUGAUAAAGUUCACAAUGCACAUGCC